AUGAAUACUACCCUCACAAGUUUUACAGACGUUCUAGUUGAUGAAAUAUGCAACUCCCAACCGCUGUCCCUGUCCUCGACUAUUGAAAACAGUCAGAUCAAUGUUGACAAUAAUAAUACGAAUUUCGUGGACGAAAGAGUGGUAGAACGUCCACCUAAAGGUACUGGGCAACGUGGACAGUUUCGGAGUAUAGAAGAAAUUGAUCUGAAAUACCGAGACGUGUUUUCGUACCCAUAUUUCAACUUAGUACAAUCAAGUGUUAUUGAGGACGCGUUAUAUUCAGAUAAAUCCAUAGUAGUUUGUGCGCCGACUGGUUCAGGGAAGACGGUUAUAUUUGAAAUGGCUGUAGUGCAGUUAUUGAUGGAGUUGGAGAACAAACAGUACACUGAUGAUUUCAAAAUCAUUUAUAUGGCACCAGUAAAAGCGUUAUGUACAGAAAGACUGACGGAAUGGUAUUCAAAGUUCACGAAACUUGGUCUUUUAUGCAUCGAAGUAACAGGGGACACUGAUGUGGACUUCACUCAGUUGAAGCCAUACAAGGUUAUAAUAACGACUCCAGAGAAAUGGGACAUGUUGACACGCCGGUGGCGCGACCACCGAGGUCUGGUGGAAGUCAUCAAGUUGUUCCUUAUCGAUGAGGUGCAUAUACUCAAUGAUGAGACUAGAGGACCUGUCCUGGAAGCUGUGGUCAGCAGGAUGAAGACUAUUGAAAAUUCAGCCCAAUCGGCCCACCGUAUAGAACAACUGCAGAAAGAGAUGCAAGGUCAGACCGUUUCUUACAAGUCGGCUCCGAGGAUCAGGUUCGUAGCUGUCUCAGCUACUGUCAGUAAUCCCGAAGACGUUGCAAACUGGCUGGGAACUAGUGAUAAACCUGCUGUGUUUUAUAAGUUUGGCGAUGAAUGUCGUCCCGUGAAACUAAAACGCAUAGUCGAAGGGUACCCGUGUUCUGAAGGCACCAGCAUAUUCAAGUUUGACAUUAUCCUCAACUACAAGCUGUGGCCGGUUAUUCAAAAAUACCAUUCUGGGAAGCCUACUUUGAUAUUCUGCAACACUCGCAAGAGCGUUAUAUUGACGGCAGAAACUUUGUCUCGGGAGCUCACAAUUAGCUUCAAUGCGGAACAAAAAGCGAAGUUAACUGCGUUAGCUUCUACUAUUAAAAAUAAGAAAUUGCAGGCUUUGGUAAUGAGCGGCGUAGGCUGUCACCAUGCCGGCCUGUUGUAUGAGGAAAGGCAGAACAUCGAGCUCGCCUUCAGGAAUAGAGAUUUGCCCAUAUUGAUCACCACCACUACAUUGGCAAUGGGUGUCAAUUUACCUGCACACCUUGUGAUCGUGAAAAAUACACAUCAAUAUGUUAAUGGCGCAUAUCAGGAAUACAGCAUAAGCACAGUACUGCAGAUGGUGGGACGCGCAGGAAGGCCGCAGUUCGACACUGAAGCCACAGCGGUUAUCAUGACCCGACUGGUGGACAAGCCCCGGUAUCAGGCCCUGGUGGGAGGAUGCGAGCCGUUGCAAAGUUUCCUUCACAAACGUCUGCCGGAAAACCUGAAUAGUGAGGCGGCAUUGGGAACUGUAGGUGAUGUAGCUCAGUGCGUGCAAUGGCUACGUUCCACAUUUUUGUACGUACGCGCAGCUCGGGAUCCAAAGAAGUACCUUGGAUUACCACAAAACUCACCACAACAUCUUAUCUCCAAGAAAAUCGAGGAGUUGUGUGUAAAAGCCAUGAACGGCUUGGCUUCUUCAGGUCUUAUAACGAUGGAUGAGGCUAGUUGUAUUGAGUCAACUGAGGCUGGCCGACUUAUGUCUAUAUUUUAUUUGGAUUUGGAGACUAUGAAGCUGAUUAUGAAGAUCGAAGGUACGGAAUCUCUAGAUCGUCUCCUAAGCCUUAUAUGUGAGAGCCACGAGUUAGCUGACAUGCAUCUCCGAGUAGACGAGCGACGAUGUUUGAAUACCCUUAAUAGGAACAACGCUGCGGCGACCAUACGGUUCCCGAUGAAGGGCAAGAUCAGCACGCGACAGAUGAAGCUUAAUUGCAUCAUACAGGCUGUUCUGGGAUGUCUACCGAUCCCUGAUCCGUCUUUGAAUCAAGAAGCUAUGAAAAUAAUGAGAAUUGCCGAUAGAAUUUGCAAAUGUGUAGUAACAUACGUCACCCGCCCAGACCUGAUAACUCAGCAACCUCCAUUCUACUCUGCAGUCUUAAACUCGAUACUUCUUGCGAAGUGUGUAGCAGCACAUCUAUGGGAGAACUCACCUUAUGUCAGCAAGCAACUGAAGGGCAUAGGACCUACCUUCAGCACAUUGCUGGCUUCGGCUGGCAAAGUCAACUUUAUGCUGUUGGAAGAAAGCCACCCGAGAGAUUUGGAAAGGAUUAUGAAUAAAGGAGCCCCGGCAGGCAAUGUCUUACGCAAACAAGUCAGUCUUCUCCCAAAAUACCAGCUGACAAUGAUACCGGUAGACGAGCAGACAGUCACCGUACAACUGGUCCUGCUAAACCAAUCCUAUUUGUCUGAAAAUAUGGCCAACUUAACCGCUGGAGAUACCCAUAAGAGUUACAUCAUUGUGGGUGAUUCUAAUAAUCAUCUUCUGCUUUUGACAGCGUUCAAGGACAAGGAUUUAAUAAGUGUCUACGGUGGAACUAUAACACGUGAAAUACGACGUAAACAUAAUUUUGAACAUAAAAUAAUUGCUCACUGCAUCAGUUCCACAUUUGUGGGUAUCGACGUACAAUCAGAAUAUUUAUUCAACGACUUAGAACCGUUUUUUGGUGCACCAUGUACAAAGACUCCUAAAAACGAUUUCCAAGUCAAAAAUAAAGCUGAGAAGCAAACAUGUAUCACAGAUACGUUUAAAGAACGGAAAAGAAAGAAUACAGAUUCUAUAGCACAGUCAAAAGAAAAGAAGAAAAGAGAAACAGCUUUGAUUGAGAAUUUUAAAAACUUGAAAAAGUCUUUUGAAUCAGCUUCUAAAAAUGUCGGCUUUGGUAUGCGCCAGCAAAGUAAGGAGAAUAGAGAUGUUGAUGGUACUUCAAAUAAUAACACAAACAAUACGUUGGGUAAUAUAGAUACAAUGCUAGUAAAUAAUAAUGCAAUUAAUGUUAUUGGUAACGAUAAAGUAUGUAUUGAAGAUAUGGAUAGCGACGAGUUUAUAGAUAAUGAGAAGAUUGAUAGUAUUCUCAAUGAAAUCGAAAGUGAAAUGAGUAAGAAUAAAAUAAGUAAACCAAAGACAAAUUUAAAUAAUGGUAACACGUACUUCCGUGAAAAGAAUUACAAAGUCCAAGAAAACCCGUUUGCAGUACAACAUAAUUUAGACACCUCUAGUAUCCAAGCGAAUUAUAACGUAGCUCCAAAAGUCAGUAACUACAAAACAGCAUGUUUACCACGAAAGCGCAAGCCCACGACCACAAAAUCAAAUUACAAUUUUAUUGACUUGCUAGAAAGGAAUUUAAGUUUGAGUGACGAUGAAGAUAAAACUGAAGUUCCACAACCAAACAACGGCUUUUCUGAUGCAAUAAAAAGUCAAAUAAGCAAAUACCUGUCAAAAACAAAACCAGUAGUUCCUGAUAGAAACUUAGAAAUGUUAUUGGAUAAUCCCCAAAUUACAGUACCAAGUGAUAAUCUAAAUCCCACAAAUGUUAUAGACAAAUCGAUCGAUCAGGAUUGCGAAAUUUUAGAUGAUUCGAAUCGUAGCCCUUAUCCAAAAUAUGGAAUUGUAGAAAUAUUGGGGGCCAAAGAUCCAGUCAAACAACAUGGAAAUAUACAGCAUACUACAUAUAGCAAGAAUAAUAUAGAAAAUCCUGAUCAUCAGGUGUGCGAUAUAAUUGAUGUAAAUUCUAUAAACACCAAUAACUACAUCGACCUAACUCACGGUGGAACAAACACCAUCGAUAGCGCACCUAAACAAAAUAUAAACAACGUAAUAACAAACAACGAAAAUUCUAAAAAUAAUAUUAUCAACUCACUUGACGUGACAGAUGCUCUUGGCGUACAAACUUUUACUAAAAGUAUAAAUGAAGAAAAUUUUGCCAACAAUCGAUUGUACAUAGAGGAUAGUGGUUCUGAAAAUGGAAGCAACAAAGAAGAUAGCGAGAAAGUAGCAAAGGCAGAAACAAAUUCAGUAACCAUUGCGAGAGAUAUGUCUUCAAUCAAAGAUUAG